AAAUGCAGGGCAAUUUCCAUAGCCUGCCUCACUACUAGCUUACUCCUAGCUGCAGAGCAGAGGAAAGCAGAGCCUUGUUCCAAUAAUUGCCAUUUACAGAUUUACUAGAUCACGGGCAAAGAUGUCUUCGCCGGUGAAGGUGUUCGGGCACGCGACGUCGACGAACGUGGCGCGGGUGCUGCUCUGCCUGGAGGAGGUGGGCGCCGAGUACGAGCUGGUGCCCGUCGACUUCCUCGCCGGCGAGCACAACACCCCCGAGCACGUCCAGCGAAACCCAUUCGGGAAGAUCCCCGCGUUCCAAGACGGCGACCUCGUCCUGUUCGAGUCGCGCGCGAUCGCGAGGUACAUCCUGCGCAAGUACAGGACGCCGGGCUCGCCGGACCUGCUGGGAGAGAACGGCGGCGCCGAGGAGGCGGCGAUGGUGGACGUGUGGACGGAGGUGGAGGCCCAGCAGUACCACCCGGCCAUCUCGCCCGUGGUGUUCGAGUGCAUCAUCUUCCCCGUCAUGCGCGGCGCCAAGACGGACCAGAAGGUCGUCGACGAGAGCCUGGAGAGGCUGCGCUUGGUGCUGGGGACGUACGAGGAGCGGCUGUCCAAGAGCAGGUACCUGGCCGGGGACUCCUUCAGCUUCGCGGACCUCAACCACUUCCCCUUCACCUUCUACUUCAUGGCCACCCCGUACGCGGCCCUCUUGGACGAGUACCCCAGGGUGAAGGCCUGGUGGGAGGACCUUAUGGCCAGGCCCUCGGUCAAGAGGGUCUGCGCCAAUAUGCCCACCAAGUUCUAGUUCCAUCACCUUGUGUCAUUGUGUGUGUGUCGGAGUGAAUUUGCUGUGGAAUAAACGAAUGAAUGAAUGCUAUGUAUUGAUCAUGCCGAAUAGGUUUUGUUUUGGUAAACUUCUUCUCGGCAAGUACACAGAGAGAGAGUUGUGGACCAUGUUGUCAUGAUUUUGGUUCUAUGUCUGAAUAUGUUUUUUUUUCAAGGGUACGCCAAAGGCGUACCUUAGCUUUAUAGAAGGAAGAACAUAUGUAUAAGAGUUUUACAUUUGCGCUAGUUGGGAGUCACAAGCCGACCCCAACCAAGCCUCCACUCCACUCCUCACGCUACUCUACUACUCAGAUAUAGGUUGUCCUCCAAAUGCUCCCGCCGUUGCCCAAGUUCUCAAAUCGUCGAAGAUCAUGUCCACAAUCUCCCAUUCGUUCUUGAUUUGGCUCGAUGUGAACACUCUCGCGUUCCUCUGUUUCCAUAGUGUCCAGCAGAUGAGCAUCACGAACGUGUCAAAUCCUUUCCGAGUUUGCUUAUGUAUGUGUUUUCUAGCUUCCGUCCACCAUUGCACCAACCGAGAUUCAUAUGUUGGGCAUAGCUCCAUCCUCAAACCCAUCCUGAAUAUGUUAGGAGACGUCGAUUUGGUGAACACUUUAGCUAAGCUGACUGAGUUUUAAGUUUUGGGUCAGUUGAUUUUUUGACCGUUGAUUACUGCUCCAAGAUGUGUGCUAGUUGUUUUUUCCUGUUGUGUGCUGUGUCUUGUAUUGGGCUGGACGUUUUUUGAUUGACCCCUAUUUUGGGUCAGUCGAUUUCUUGUUGGGCUGAUGCAUGUUACAUGUUUUCUUAUUAGGCCGUUUGCGUGCGUUUUUACUUCUGGUUUUUUGUCGGGCUUUAUGGGUAUAUUUUGGAUGUUGGGCGAAUAUAAAAUAUAUACACGUAAGUAAUGUAUAAUUUGUGUGUAAAUUGUAAUUAUGUGAAAAA